AUGUCGUACGAUCGAACAUAUCGCAAAACGACAACGCGCAAUAGUCGACGACCCAAUUACUUGCCGCCGCCCCCUCCUGCGGGUAGCAAUGGCCACUCAGUGCUGGGUUACUGGGUUCCGCUGGUAGCGAUUGGAACCCUCGCUGUGGGCGGACUGGCAGCUUGGGUCUGGUCGGAGCGAUCAGAGAACGAUGAGGACGAUUAUGCCGAAGAGAAGCCACCACGACCAUCGACUGGCAUAGGAGGACCGUAUCCUCAAUAUACUGCACAGCAACAGCAACCAACUGGAAUCCUACCACAUCAGCGACCUGAUCAAGCGCCUCCUCCAGGUGUAUCCGAGCAGUAUGGAGGGAAUGCGAGCAGCUACUAUGCCGAGAGCUCAACCCAAUCUCGCAGUGCCGAGCAGCGGACUGAUGCCACCUUCUUCACUCGCAUGAGCGGUGCGAUUAGAAGAACUCCUAGCCCUCAACAAUUCUUCGAUUCAGCCUCUAGGCAAGUCGUUGCCGCUGGAGCUGCUGCUGGAGCUGCAUUAAGCAGUAUCAUGGAAGUGGACAGCAACGGCGACAGGCAUGAACGAGUAGCAAGGGAUGAAAGAGACGGAUUUAGUGAUCAUGAACGAUGGAGCGAGGAAGCCGAGGAAUUGCAGAAGACGGACAAUGGCAGGGGCAAAGGCAAGGAGAGGGCGAAGCGCACAGUCGCGGUUGUCCUCAGCGCCGAAUCGCACUCCUCGUACACUGCACACGAUGACUCGGCAUUUCACACCGAACACGGCUCGAUACUCUCGCAUCUCCCUCAUCAACAUGAUCCUAACACGACUGAGCUUUUCGUCUUGAUUUACUCCCCGACACUCAAAUCCCUGCCCACAACCUCCUACGCAUCUUCGAACCUUGGAUCCUCUUAUUCCCAGAUCUCGACACCAGUUCAUACUCCUGGCUCUGAUCCACAUUCUCUGUCACCUCGACUCAAAGCUAGUGGGACGGACGACCCGCACUUCGAUGCCCUUUACAGUCAAGCCCUCGCUCUUGUCUCUCAUCCAACUCAGAUCAUGCCGUUCACAACCUCUGAUGGUUAUGUGAGCAUGCUGCGCCACCUCGCACCGCAAAUCGUCUACGUGAGUGACGGUUUGAGCGGUAGGAAUGGCGAGACUGUAGCUGGGCUCAAGGGUUGGGUUGGGCAUACUGUGCUGGUUAUCGGUGAUGAGGGUCAUGGUGGACUGGCGGACACUGAAACUGAGACUGAAGACGAGGCAAUCCGGGAGGGGAGCAAGUGGUGGGAGCGAAGCGAUUUUGUGGGACUAGGUAAGGAGGUGGACGUUGUUGAUGCUGCGAGAAUUGGAGAUGAUUGGAGUCGGCGGGUCGCAGGGAGGGAGUAG